UAUGGAGCCUAGUCCAGGAAGCUCAAAUGCACAAUCGCCUUCGCAUAAUAAGACCUCUAGUUACUAUAAUAAGGAUGAGAAAUAUAAGGGAAAUAAUGAACCAAAGAAUCCUCAAGGAAUUAAUAAAAAAGAGCAGGUUAGGAAUAAGCAAAUGUGUGUUAAAAAAUAAAAACUCAGCCGAUAAUCCGAGCAAUGGUAUUUCGAAAUAGAAGGGCGAAGAAAGAAGGAAAAUAUUAUAAAUGAAAACAGUUCUCUAUAGAAGUUUUAUUAGAAAAAGAUGAAGUCAGAACCUUUUCUGUAUUUAAUAUCGACUCUUCCGAAGAUGCUGCGAUAAAAAUGGUAGGAAAUCUAAGACUAGAUGAAACACAAAUUCCGUUUUGGACAGCAUAUAUAGAAGAACGAAGGGUAGAGCUAAAAUUUAAGAACUUGAAUCCCCAAAAUAAUCCAAACCAGGGUCAGAAUAACCACGGGAAGAAUGAGAGAAAUCCAAAUUCGAAGGGUCUGAAGGGGAGGAGUAAUAAGAAAUAAGUCUGAUGAUAAAGGUUUGAAAGAUGAAGGAAAAAGUUGAGGAGGGACUCAAAGCAAUUUAGAGGAGUCGAAAACUGGUAAAAAUAAUGAGAAACAUAAAAAUUUCAAACACAAACCUAAAGAUAAUAAAUAAAAAGCAGAAGACCUCCAAUAGUCUUGAGGAAGAGAAGAUUAAUAAACCCAAUGAUAAGAAUUCAACCCAAAGAUCUCCUCCAAAGACCCAGCACAAAAAUUGUGAUAAUUCUCAAGACACUAAGACUAAAGUACGAAAUAAUGAAAAGAGCUUCUCUAAAGCCCAAAUAGGGACACUAAAACAGAAACAGUACAAAGAGGGUAAAUAGCCGAGGCUAUAGAGGCAAGCAAGAGCAGCCAGGAUAGUCGAGUUUGCUUGCAAUUUGUAUUCUUAUGUAUAAUAUUGAUAUAUCCAUAAACUUCAAACCCAAUCUUCUUGAGACCCUGGUUAAAGAUUUUCAUCAGAUUUAGCUAAAUUCUGGAGA